AUGUGGACGCUCGAUCUGAGCGCGCCGAUCAUCGAGGGACCGACGAGCUUGGUGGUUGGACGACUGUGCGUCGCCCUCGGGGCGACGCUGCUCGCGGGAUUGAACUUUUGGCCGCAGGCGGAGAAACAGUUGGGACGGUGCGCGCGAACGUUCGCGUCGAAGGAAUCGAGCGAACGAUUAAAGGCGGACGCCGCGAAGUUCGCCGCCAUGGUCGCGAUGAAGAUGGGGUUUGAGUUUUACGCGUAUUGGAAGGCGCUGACGUCGUUCACGCCGUGCAGUCAAUCGCUCGAGUUGCCGGCGUGGUACGGGUUGGCGUUCGUCGGGCACGCGACCUUCGUCGCCGCGAGCUCAAAGAUUCUCGGCCCGGGCGGCGCGUCCACGGAGGACGUGCCGUUACAGAUGCGCAAACUCAUCGGCGGGUUCGAUGUUUUGCUGGCGUUGGCGUGCGUGGGGACGAGUAAGCUCGCGAUGGCUGGGUACGGCGUUCCGAGCGCGGCGCUCGGUUUCGUCUUCAUGCUCGCCGCGACGUACUUUACGUUUGAAAACAAGCUCCCAUCCAAAAAGACGCCGAGUUCCGGCGCCGCGGCGUGA